AUGUCAAUGCUUAUUGGUCGAUGGUCCGGCUCCUUUAGCUACCCGAAUGACUCUGAGAAAGAAAUCACCUUCACCAUCGAGAAGUCGGCCAACGGCUCCCUCUUCAUCGGCACUGGCCACGAGCCCAGUGGUGAAUUCGACAUCAUCGCGGGCCAGGUCAUCGAAAGCGAAGGACAGGAUAUCGUCACCUUCGCCCAGAUUUACAAAUCCAUCUGGGAGGGUCAGAUCUGGAGCUUCCGUGGCGUCGUUGGCGGCAACGGCGGCUUCAUCACCGGCCAGUGGUUCGACUCCCCCGCCGACGGACGCAACCGAAUCGGUAGUUGGAAUGUCCAGCGGAUCGAGUAG